AUGGCGGGCGAGGCGGUGGACGCCGUUCAAGAGCUGAAACUGGCCGCCGUGCUUGAUGCUCGAGACGAGCAGCGCCGGUGGGAGGAGGAGGGGGAGGACGAUAUGGAGGAAGUGGAAGAGAACGAGGAGGAAGAGAUGCCUCAACAAUCUCGUCACGGAAACAUGGCGACUAUGAGGGAUGUCGGCAAGCAGGACCUGAUGCAAGCAGCAGCUGCACACGGGGGUACACAGAUGGUCGGUUGGUCCAACGCUGAUACCGCGAGUGCAGUUGCACCCGAGGCAAGCAGGUUGAGCGCGGGCGUGGGGAAGCGGUGGGUGUGCGGGGCGCGCGUGGAGGCGGUGAUGCGCAGCAGGGUGGCGCGGCUGGUGAAGCCCGACAUGCUGCUCGCCCUGCAAGAACUGCAGCGCCAACAGCACUGGCGCCUCGCCGCGCGGGUGUUUGAGCAGGUGCGCAGGGAGCACUGGUACAAGCCCGACCCCGACCUCUGUGCGCGCAUGAUCAACUGCCUGGGGCUCGCAGGCCGCAUCACGGACGCCCACGCGCUCUUCCACGCCACACUGCACGAGGACGGCGUGCCGCCCUGCUCGCCCACCUACACUGCUCUGCUCGCCGCUCACUGCCGCUCUGGGGACUACCGGAGUGGCCGGGAGGUGCUGGGGAGGAUGAGGGAGGCGGGGGCGGGGCCGUAUGACUUGGCGUACAUGAUUCUGAUCAAGACGUGUGAGGCGCAGGGCGAUACCGUGGCAGCAGCGGAGCUGAAGACGGAGAGGGAUGUGGUGCUGGCGGCGUGGGGGCAGUUGGGGGUGCCUAAACCCCCUCGCCGCUCCAAGAAGAAGUAG